UUGUAACAAAAACAACAUGGCGGACCGUGAAAGCGCAGAGCGUAUAGCGCGGAAAAUAAGUUAGCGCGCUGCCGAAAUACCAAACGAAAAGAGUAUACGCUUCACUUGAAUCACAGACCAUGAAGCAGUUUAAGUUAUGGGUUCAUCAGCAUACAUUUAGUGAGAACGAACUUAUUGUGAACCCAAAGGAAUUUCCUGAUUGCAAAGAAGGGGAUGUGUUUGAGAUAUAUGACCCAGGGGAACCCGUGAAAGCCGUGCGAUUACUCCUACAGAUCAACAACUUCAUUCCAGACUUUCAGCAGAAGGAUACUAUCAGUAUUUUGCACUCAGUAGCCAACCAGUUUCAGCUGAGAACGUACUGGGAUGUACAGGUUAACAAGGUUGAUCCAAAAGAUGUGGGGAUUGAACUUGCAGAAAUCCUUAUUAAGGAUCAGUACUUAAGCAGGAAUGACAUGUGGCGCCUAUCGAAGGCCUUGGACAACACUUGUGUCUAUGUCAACAAGAAGGUGUCGUCAUGCGGCAUACGCUGCCAGAUCUAUGAGUUGUGGACUAAAGGGGAGAAGGUCUCUUGUGGAGUCAUAAACAAGGACACAAGAAUUGUGUACAGGUCCCUAACAGCCCAAGUCUUCCUCUUUAUCCAAAUGAGCCAAGAAAUGUGGGACUUUGAUUUGAAUGGAGACCUGUAUUUUGAGAAGACCAUUCACGGAUUUCUCUAUGAGCUAUUUUCUAAAUGGAAGGAACAGAACGCAACACAUGAAGUCACAAUUGUGCUCUUCUCAAGAACAUUUUAUGAUGCCAAGUUUAUUGAGGACUUCCCCCCUGAGAGAAGGCCCUGCAUUUUGCAAGACUCCUACAGAAGAUUUUAUGAAGAUUUUUAUCAUGUUGUCAUUCAAAGAGAAAAGAGAGAUGAUUGGCUUCCAGUUUUAGUUACCCUCAAGCAUCACUUCACUCAGUACCCAAAAUACAUAAACUGUUACCAUGAUGAGCCAGGUGUGCCAGCGGGCUGCAACUCUACUGCAUUUGAUGGUAACAUAUUGGAAGCCUACAACUUGACUAUGAACAUAUUUGAGAAGCACUUUGUUGAUCGCACAUUUGAUCGGACUGGCCAGACUACAGUUAUAGUGACACCAGGACCUGGAGUGUUUGAAGUUGAUCGAUCACUUACUAGCAUCAUCAAACAGCGAAUGGUAGACAGUGGUGUUGCCACGGACCUCGUGUGUAUGGCAGAGCAGCCAUUGCACUCUGUCCCUCUCUUCAAGUUUCGCAACAAGGACUUGGGCCAGGGCGUGAGUCUAGGGGAUGAUUACAACAUCGCUCACUGGGUCAACCACAGCUUUUACUCCUCCGCUAAUGCCAAGACCCAACAAGAUGAGUUUGUACCAAGGAUUAAAGUGCCGGAUGUAAUACUUAACAGUAUUGGCGGAGAUGUACAGGACAACCCGUUCAGAAAAGGUCUCCACAAGAACUUCCAGCCAAAAGACGCUCGCGAGCAGCUGACCACACAGCUUCCAGACCGAGUCAACUACGACGCGUACGAUGCCGACAUCUUCCGCACGACCAGCAAUGUCAAACCGCUGACCGACUCGAUCCUUAGGCAAGGCUCGCACUCCAUGCCUGACGUCAUCCCCAAAGUCACUAGCUUAACCGACAUUGAGAGACUGGGUCGAGUAUCUGAGGAGUCUGGGGACGAGAUGCGAGUGCCACGUGGUGGGGCGUCUCGUGGGGCUAGGAGAGCCCUGUCGCCACCCGCGGGUUCAGCAGCGGCGAUAGCUAUUCCUGGCAGGCCAAAUUCUCCUGGGCGUCAUUCUACCCAUGAUCCUGUGCGAACUCGCCUGUCUUCGUCUCUCGACUUUAGUUCUUAUGCCACGAAAGACUAUCACAAAAAUCGCACCGUCGACGACAACUUGAAGAAGGCGACAAAUCAACGAUUCACAGUCGGCAGCGCCGGCUCGAUAAAUAAGAUAUUGGACCUGAGACCAGCCGCUGACAGCCACCGAAGGCGCACGCUGAUUAACCCGUUCAAGCCCUUGAAUAUUCCUUGCAAGUGGAUGUGCAACAGACAUCGGUGGGCGCACGUCUUCCCCAAGAGUCGUGACGGCGCCAUCGUGCGAAGGCACUUCGAGAAACAGCCAUCCGUGGAUGAGUCCCCCGUGCAGAAAGACGAACAGCCUGAAGUUGAGGGCACCGUUCUUGCCGCCAUCAAGUCUCGCUCACGUGCCAUCUCCGAGGCGUCUAAGGCUACGUCCGAGGGACCGGACAGCGUCGACGGAGAGGAGAAUGAGUACGAGGAGGAGGAGAGCAGCAGCUCACAGUCACUCAGCGAAACCACGCCAACGCAUACUCCUCAGGAUGCACAGCUGGUUACCACACCGCAGGCUCACGUAAAUCGUCGGCGCUCGCUUCGACCAAAUUUCUUCUAUCACACGUUUGAUUUGCGCUCCGUAGAGCAUGACUGGACAGCCGCUAUUAAGACCAAAGUUGACUGGAAAUCUCUGGUGGUCCCCGCGUGCCUUCCGCUGACAUCUGAGUACAACCCAUACAAGGAGUCACUAAGGUCCUACUACCUUGAGUUCCACUACGAGCUGUGCGUUGGCGACGAGGAUUAUACUUCUGCGAGACCUCGCUCCUCAAGUCGACCAAGCGAAGGGCUGGAAGAACUAAGGCGUAGUCGUCACCCCACCACUGUGGAGCAGGCGUUACUCGAACUUGUCGCACAGAGGCUCUCACGGGGCUUCCAGAUUUCCACAAGCUAUCCUAAGAUAAGUCCAGACCGUCCGCAGUCCUUCCCACGCAACAUUCCUUGCGAUGAUGAUUUCGAGACUGAUGAGUACUUUCUAAGCCUGGGGCGAAACCUUCAUCGACUUAGCGUGAUUCCUAACAGAUCCCAAAUCAACGUCACUCGCUAUAGGCCACGACACCCUAGUAGCACAAGCACAGUAAAAUACAGGUACCGUCUGUGGACGGGAAAGGGCGUGGACUACCAGCCGCACCAGGCAGAGUUCCAGCACGAUGAGCUGGACAAAUAUAACUGGAAUUACCUGGACCAGCACAUCAUCGGUGACCAGGAAUUCUCAGAACUACUCGAGAACCUCAAAUACUGGAAGUCCCGCUUCCUUCUGCUCCCCUUGUCACGGCGUAAGGGCAACAAUGCGGGUCCGGACGGACAGGACGGAAAGUCGGACAACAUAACAGACGAGUCUGCUCGAAUAGAGGGUCUGCUCAAAUUUAUUGAGAUUCUGAACGGUGUAAAAAGGACUAAUGCUCGAAGGCGACCAUUCUCUCCAAAGAAGAGUCUUGGCAAUGUUGGCAAAGACCCUCGUGCUCGUGCCCAGACUCUCCCUGAUUCUGAGAGUGCGCCAAAGGAGGGGGCAGGUGGAGGACCGCUGACCGGAAAGACGAUUGCUUUGUCAUCAUCCCUUGGUCCAGUAGACAGUGGUGGAGAAAGUCGGCGCCAUUCCUCUGUUGAUGGCUUAAGUGAACCUUCGAGUCCUGGUGUUGAUGAACCAGCGGUUACAACCGAGGGUGAUGUACUUAGUGUCAAGUCUCCAUUGGAAGCCAUCGUCGAUGCUAUGAUAGACCCAAAGGGUGGCAUGACGUUCUUGCCAAGUUUGAAGGGACUGGACUCCAAGUGCUUCUUGGCUAUAGAAGCAGUCUGGUGGCUCAUGCACCAUGUAGACGGAGUGGCGGAUAGAAAUGGUGCUGUUGCUCUGGCUCAGAAAAUGUUAGAAGCCCGGGUCAUCCUGCACGCAUCGAAAAGCACAAGACAGAACUUCUUCUACGGAUUCGCCAUCUUCCAGUUUGCAAACGAGAAACUACGCAGCGAAGUUGAGGAGAAACCUGGCCGCUAUGCGCACUACCAUCGCACCCUGAUGGAACAACAGCUGAAAGACUUCCAGGGAGAUUGGGUCGAGAUAGCCUUUACCCAGUAUGCACCGCCAUCUGUGAUCCCAGCAUUCCUUGCGCCCGACAGUGCUCUGGAAAUGAUUCCGCUGACCUCCCCCACGCUGCGAUCGCUGGCGUCGGUCAGGAGGGGACGAGCCAAAAGUGCAUCUCAGCAAGCGAUGCUCAUGGGUGAAUGCGCAUGCGCGUACAAGCUCGUCAACCUGGAUUGUGAUCCUCAGCACAAGAGCGACCGCCCCGAGUGGUGUACUUUACGUUACCAUGGCAACUACAACCCAGCGCAUGCUUUCGAGAUGGAAGUACACUGGAUCGAGGCUACGGGCUCAAUUGUCCACGAUAUGGUGCAAAGUUGGGCUCGCAAAGCCACUUCCUGUGGAUUUGUUCUCGUUCCCGCUCCCGUGAGUCCGUUCCCGGAUCCCAGCAGUGGAAACAUCGACCCUCUUCGGCUCCCGAUUUUCAUCCCCCUCAACCUUAGCGGAUGUAUCGUGGAUGAGCGAGACAGCCUCUUUAAAGACUUUAGCGUAUCUUCUCAUCGUCUGCGAAGAUAUCUCUUUCAGGAGGCUAUACUAGAGAGGUUUGGCUUUUUAAAAGACUCGCCCUACGGUCCACUGUUCAAUACGUUUACUUUCGUGGCAACGCCAGUGCAAUGCCGAGCGGACGACUUUGUCCAUGUGUCCGGCACAGCCUUUGUCCGGAUUCACGACCAAGACGAGGACGUUCGACUAGACCUUUACGGCCCAGUCUCCAGCGGUCUCUUGGGAGAGCGAGGGUCUGGGUUUUACUGGGAAACCAACUAUAUGUUGUCAAAACGCUGGCGAUCUGCCUCGACUGGGGAUUUGGAAAGCGCGCGAAAACUGAAGGCGGAGUUCGUAGAGUUUUGUUCCGAUACUAAGGGGGUCCUCAGGGCAUUUUGGGAAUCGUGUAAAGACGAAGUUAGGAAGGCCGCGGAAGAGAAGCUAAGGUCGGAGAGACUGAAAAUCGAGGAGAUUUCAUUGACUUCAGAGAGUGAAGAAACUGCGGGCUCAUUCACGGACACAGAUACGGAGGGGACUGGGGCGGAGUAGGCGGAAUCUGACAGUGAGGGACUUAGUUCUGCACAAAGUACAAGGGUCUCAUAAAGCUAGGUCUAUAAAAUAUAGGACACACUGCGAAAGAUGUACCACUCUUUCAUCUUGGUUUCUCGCUGGAAUUAGCUGGAACAGGGGCUCAUAAGUAGGGGCAAUCAACUUCCCCACAUUCUGGUAUUAUAAAUGUGUCACGGCGUUUCCUAGGAUCAGGCUAUUGUUAGACGCACGGAUGAGCCAAUCAGAUUCGACAUUUGUGUUGACGUUUUGGCUGAGCUCAACUGCACGCGCAGUCUCAGACAAAAAGCUAUGUUCUCUUUUCGGUACUUUGACUUUUGUUGCUCUAUUCUUUUUUAUAAAUCCAACCCUACCUACGACUUUCAAUUCUAGCUUGCAAUUCUUUUGGUAAACAAACAAAACCGACGGAUGAUGGAUAAAUUUGCGCGUGCAGCCUCACGUCACUCGCGCGCGCGACCAACAUCAACGUAACUGGUUGGCCCGUUCGUGCGCGCGCGUCUAAAAAUAGCCUGAUCCUAGGAAACGCCGUGACACUUAUAUAAUACAGAUGAUUGCCCCUACUUAUGAGCCCCUGCUGGAAUUAAUUGGAAAUGGAUUCUUUGUGUGACUCGGAAUUGACCCGGAGCAUGAAAUCGCAGCGUGAUUGUAAAAGAGAGGCAAACUAUUUGAAACACAGGCUUGGCGACUGAGCCCAAAAUUUCAUACCCCCGACAAUGCAAUGAUAGGAACAAGAUAUAUCCGAACACUGAAUUAUAACCUUAUGUGUGCGUUUUUUUAUGAUCGAUUCUUUUGCACACGGAUUAGCUUGACUAUAGAGAAUUGAAAGCACUUCAUUUGUGCCUAUAUGGAAAUGCGGCACACAAGCUACAAAGAUACAACAGCGUGAAACUCAAUAGACAAGUUGUAGAAUAUUAGUACAUGAACCUAAUAAAAAAUGCGGGUCACACAAGCAAUAAAAGCAAUUAAUAAUC